AUGGUUCCUCCCCCGAGAAUUCGCUCGAAUUCCCUCCCUACCCCCUCUCCCUCUCCCUUCCACAUCGAAGCUAGACCUCUCCGCCUCAGCCUCCAUCAGCGCAACAUCAACGCAGCCGAAUACCAACGACGACGUCUCGAGGAGUUUCGAUCUCAGAGAGGCCUCGACGAGGUUCAAUCGCAGAGACAACGCAACGCCGAACUCAAGGCCGUCCGUUCCCGGAGACGAGGAAACGCAGGGAUCGAAGCUCAAGCUCAGAGACAGAGACGCAAUAUGGAAGCAGCCGAAUACCAACGACGACGACUCGAGGAGUUCCGAAUUCAGAGAGGCCUCGACGAGGCACAAUCGCAGAGACAGCGAAACGAGGAGCUCGCGGCAAUCCGUGCUCAGAGACGACGCAUCGGGGUGCUCCAACCCCAAGCACGACGAAUCAACGAGAUGCAAGCUCAGAGACAGCCACUCGAAGAGAUCGACGCGAUCGAAUCUCAGAGACGACGAAACGAGGCGAUCCAAGCUCAGAGACGACGAAACCAGGCACUCCAAGCUCAGAGACGACGAAGAGGUUCGAAUCCUGAGGAUGGAGGAGGAAGCGGAGAGGAAGCGAGUGGAGAUCGAGAAGAAGAAGAAGAAGAAGAAGGAGAGAAGAUCUUCUCAGUAGGUAGAUGA